AUGAGCGGCGACAGUCCAGGAAACUCGCCUGCGGGCGCAGCCUUUCCCCUAAAACACCAGCAGCAGCAGCAGCAGCAGCAGCAGCAGACACCGUGCGCCAGCGAUGGAAGCACCAGCGACAGCAGCACCAACAGCAGCAGCAGCUGCUGCAGCAAGAGCAGCAACACCAGCAGCAGCAGCACCACCAAUAACAACAAUGCCAAAGGCUGCAGCAGCACCACUGCCAAGGAAGAGCCUUCAUGCGGGACGUUAACAGCAGCAGCAGCAGCAGCGCCAACAGCAGCAGCAGCAGCGCCUACAGCAGCAGCAGCAGAACCCCCAGCAGCAGCAGCAGCAGCAGCAGAUCCAAAUGCCGUCGUGUAUAGGCUGGGCCUCGAGCGGCUGAUAUCAUUUGUCUUGCUGUGCAAAGUCAAGGAACCCCCGGCCCCCACAGACGCAGCAGCAGCAGCAGCAGCAGCAGCAGAUGGCGGGGAAGCAGCAGCAGCAGCAGCAGGAGGCCGCAGCAGCGGGGGAAGGUUGUUCACAGUUUUGGGGAAGAAGCAGCAGCGGCAGCUGCGACUCUUCUCCUGGGAAAGCUCAAGGGAUUAUCUCCUUGCGUUGGUGCUUUCAUUCAGCCAGCCGCCGUUGACCCUGCAGCGUCUGUGCGAGGUCGUUUCAAACCCUCCUCACCGCGAGGUGGAAAAGCUGUUUUUCGCUUUUAGAAAACUGCUGCGCGUCCGGGACUGCUGCUACGAAGAGCCCUCGUCUCCUCCCUUGCCAGACGAUCCCGUUCUUGCAGAACGCAUUGCCGCGGCAAACGCCGGCAGCAGCGACGGCGAAGAAGAACGGCCCUGCUGCUGCGUCUGCUGCACCGACUGGCUGGGCGAGCUGCUGGAGCUGCAGCAGCAGCAGCAGCAGCAGCAGCAGCAGCAGCGCCGCUGCUCCUCAGAAGUGGCCCAAGAAACGGAAACAGAAACUGAGCCCGAUUCCGCAGCAGAUGGUUCAAUUGCUUCCUCUUUUCAAGGAAAGCAGCAGCAGCAGCAGCAGCAGCAGCAGCAGCAGGAACGCGAUGACGCAGCAACAACUACUAGCAGAAAGCGGAAUUCAGAAGAAGUUUCCCUUGAUGCUGCUGCUGCUGCAGCAGCAGACGCGGGGGAUGCAUCGCCAGCAGCAGCAGCGGCAGCAAGUUCUGCUGCUGCUGCUGCUAGGAGGAGACGCCUCGAUGAAGAUCUGCUGCAGCAGCAGCAGCAGCAGGAAGCGCAGUAG